AUGCACAUUCAAAGAACGUUGCUCGUCAGAUCAGAAGAUUUCAGAACUUUCCCAGACCUCAAGGGCUACGAAGUACAUCGAUGGCAAGCUCAUUCUGGGCUGCGAAAGUUUCCAUGCGAGAUGGUUUGUCUUCCAUGUUGCUCACAGAACGAAAUUCUCCCAGAGCACUGUUCCAACAUGGUCAAGAACGGUGUUCAAGGCUCCUCGCGAAUGGUGCUACAUUCGCAUUCAACAAACGCAGAAAUCGAGCUCUACAUGAAGGAGAAACAAUCUACUACGGCCCAGGCAAGGCAGCCAACGCCGGUGUGUUUCUGUCUCAGUCUUCCGAAAUGCCCAGAAACAGCGUCCGCCUCGCAGUAUGGUCUCCGAGAGGUCGACAAGAAGCUCAAGGAAAAAUUCAUGCACAACAUCCUUCGAAGCCGGCCCAUUCUGCCAGGUAGCAGUAUGAUGUAUCCACUCAAAGGGUUGCCAACUUGCCAGGCUUCCAAGCGUAGUUUGCGAUGUGCUAUGCUUGCCACGGCUGCUGCUAAGCUAGCGAAUAAAAUUUUCUAG